GCUGGCGGUAACGGUGGGGGACAGAUCUGCCGUCCUCGGAGCUCAUGCGCUUCGCGGUACGCCGCCCCCGAUGAGCGCAGCGGGGAUUAGGUGGAUGGUGUGGGAGCCGUAAUCCCAGCCUGGUGUUCAGAAGGAGCCCUCCCGUAAAGGAGUGAAUAUCGCCUUGUGCAGCCGGGUUGAUGGGUCUCGGUACAGCCACUUAGAGAAGAUGACAGAUUUGGUGGCUGUUUGGGAAGUAGCUUUAAGUGAUGGUGUUCAUAAGAUUGAAUUUGAACAUGGGACCACUUCAGGAAAGCGUGUUGUCUAUGUUGAUGGAAAGGAAGAAAUAAGAAGAGAAUGGAUGUUUAAAUUAGUGGGUAAAGAAACAUUCACUGUUGGAGCUACCAAAACUAAAGCUGCCAUUAACAUUGAUGCAGUCAGUGGCUUUGCAUAUGAAUAUACUUUGGAGAUCAAUGGAAAGAGUCUCAAGCAGUAUAUAGAGAACAGGUUAAAAACAACCAAUACUUGGAUAUUGAACUUGGGAAGUACAGACUAUAGAAUUGUUCUAGAAAAGGACACUAUGGAUGUGUGGUGCAACGGUGAAAAAAUGGAAACAGCGGGUGAAUUUGUGGAAGAUGGGACUGAAACUCACUUCACUGUUGCUGAUCACAGCUGUUGCAUUAAGGCUGUCAGCAGUGGGAAACGAAAGGAAGGAAUUAUUCAUACCCUUAUUGUGGACAACAGAGAAAUCCCAGAGGCUGUGGAAUAGCCUCUGGUUAACUUUAUAGUAGGACUAAGAUCAGGAAUUUUCAAUUACUGUGGUAAUUAUUUUAAUAUGUACUACUUGGUACAUCUAGUUUGUGCUGGGUUAUUUUCUAGUUUCUGUACACGAAAUUACUCUUUUUGAGGACCAGAUGAAAAUAAUUAUGUACAACCUCUUACAUUAUCAGUUUUUCAAAAAAGCUAUAUGUAUCUAGAAUAUAUAGCAUAUCACUAUGUGUGGAGAACACUGGUGAAAUAGAAAUUAUACAUCAGGAAAAAAAUCAUGCUAUAAUAAAAUGAAAGAUAAAUAUUCAGUAACACUGAAUUCUUAACUGUAGGUAUAUGUGGAGGGAAGAGAAAGCCUGUACUGGGCACAGGAGUAAGAUGUUAAAAGCUUUCUCUAUAAUUAUUUUUUCUAUUAAACUGACUAGAGACCUUUUCACAUGCAGUUAAGGGGAGUGACACAGUUAAUAAAAACGUUAAUAAUGAAAUACAUAGUUAGCAAUAUUUGUGUUACAGUAUUAAAUUAAUACUGAGUUAUGAAAGCUGUUCUUUAUUCCCACUAGGAGCAAGAUGUUACAUUGUGCCAAAAAUAACAUUCCUUUAGGUGUUCUGAAAACUGAUGCUGUAGUUCAGAAACUCUACUGAGUUUUUUCUAAAAAGAAACAGGAGGGAAAGAAAUUCCUGCUAUGAAACCUCUUUAAAAAUGACAUCUCUUGAAGCAUGCUGACAUAAGAACUUACCUUUGUUCAGUGCUAACAAAUCUUAAAUCUACAACUACCUGUUUUCAUGGCAGUAAUGUGUGACUCAAGAAAUAUGAGGAAACGGGACAGAAAUUGAAAACAAUUGAUUACUUUAAUGGAAUAGUUAAAAUAGGAAUAGACUAAUUCUGUUUUCAGAAUUGCAGCAUAAUUUCUAAGAGCAGUCUUUGGAUUUCUUGAGAACAAACUCUUGUGUUAGAGACCCACUACAAAACUACUCUUUGCA